AGCAUAUUUAAUGAAUUAAUUUGUGUUAUGUAACAAUUUGUGGUUGAUCAUUGUUUUUUAUUGAUGCAGUAUAUUGAUGCCUGUGCUUGAAUGAAAGAAGUGAAAUGUGAGUGGAUCAUUUUAUCAGCCGGCAGCCGAGAAACAAGUCGGACAGGUAGACAAAAGAAUGUAAGCAAGAGGUGAGUCCGAGUCAGAGAACAAACGAAAAGCUCACAGUGGAGACGUGUCCCGGAUCACAGUCUUUUCUUUUGCUAAUAAUUCUUCCUUUGACAGCAUGGACGUGCCAAAUACAACAAGGAUUGUGCUGCUCGGAAAAACUGGAGUCAGAAAGAGCAGCCUUGCUAACAUCAUUUUGGGAGAGGCCAAAUUCAAAAUUGACCAUUGUAAUGACUCAAAAAUGAAAUCUUCUUCAGCAGAAACCAAAUCCAUCGAUGAACGAAGCAUCACUUUGAUCGACCCUCCUGGUUUCUUCGAUGCAGGAAGGUCUGAGGAGGAGAUGAAGCCGGAGAUGGUGCGGUGUCUCACAGAGUGCGCGCCUGGGCCCCAUGCUAUUCUCAUUCUGCUCAAAGUGGAGAAAUUCACAGAGCAGGAAAGGGCUGUGAUCACUCAAAUGUUUGAGUAUUUCUCUGGAGACGCGUUCAAACACACCGUAAUUGUCUUCACUCAUGGCGACCAGCUCCCCGAAGGAAAGAAAAUAGAGGAGUACGUAGAGCAAAGUGAAGGUCUGAGUGAUCUGGUGCACAAGUGCGGCGGCCGGUGCCACGUCUUUGACAGUCAAUACUGGAAGACCAAUGAGGGGGACGAGUACAGAAGUAACCAAUUCCAGGUGGCAGAGCUACUCAACACUAUAGAUAGCAUAGUGAAGGCAAACAGUUCAGGCUACUACACAGACGAAGCUAUACAAGAGAUAGAGAGAGGAAUACAGAAAGAAGAAGGGAACAUUAGACAAGCAUCAGGAAACAUGCCAGAGGUAGAGAUCAGAAAAGAGGCUAAAAGCAACUACAUAAAGAAGCAGGUGGACAACGCACCUCGAACAUGGUUUAGAGGUUUUAUUCAAUACGCAGUUAUAGCUGGAAUACUUGCAACUAUCUCAGCUGUGUUGAUCAAUUCAAAAAUGUUUAAGAUAUGUAGGGUAGCACCACCGGAUAUCCUGGCACCACUGACAGAUGUGAGAGUACACGAUGGCACAGGUUCAGAUUCUCUCCCUGUCAGUCCAGUGGUAGAGUUAACACAAAGUGCAUUUGAGUAUGUUGUGGACAAAUGCAAUGCUUUGUAUGACAGUCUUUGGAAUCCAAUACAAAAUUCAUUUGAGGAUUUUGUGGAGAAAUGCAAUGCUUUGUAUGAAAGAACGUACAAUCCUUGGAAUCCAUUUGAAUGAACACCAAGGCAGAAUCAAAUGAAAAUCAGCAGAAGAGAUUGUCAUUGAUGUAUAGUAGUCGCACCCAGCACAUGCACAUUUAUUUCAAUCAUUUUUUUAAGCUAUAAAAUGUAGUAACUUAAAGGAGAGGUGUCAUGGCCAUUUCCACUGAUCAUAAUUCCAUUGUUGAGGUCUACUAAAAUAGAUUU